AUGUCUUAAAAGAGCGGGAGGAGUAUAAGUAAGAUUCCCGAUGAAACUGAAGAGGAGCAUUACUCUAGUGAAUAAUUGGACUCUUAAUAGGAAGUUGAUAGUGAGAGCCAUAAAUCUGAAGAUAGUUUAAGUGAAUAAAGUAAGUCAGAGGAUUCUUUUGAAUCAAAAUCAAGUGAGUCAAUCGAAGAAAAUACUAAUCAAGAUUAAAGUGAUUAAGAAUAAGACGAAGAUGAUCAAAUCGAUGAAAAUGAUGAAUUAGAUUAGCAUUCUUAGUCGUAAUAGAAUGAUGACUAUGAAUGCGAUGAAGAGGGAAGGCCUAAAGGAGUAUCAAAGUUGUUUAAUUUAAUAAAAGAAGAUUUAGGCGAAACUCAAAGUGAAAGCUUUAAACUAUUCUACGAUUUAAUGUCCAAUUAAAUCAAGUAUUGUUUGCAAAAUUACAUAGAAAAUGAUGAUGAAGAUGAAGGCUAAGAACAAAAUACUAGUCAAAAUUAAUUAGAAGAGAGCAAACUUGAAAAAAAGAAAGACAAUAAUAGCAAGCCAAUAAUCAGUCCUAUUGUGCUUGCAAACCUUUUAUAACAAUAAAAAUCACUGAUACUUAACGUAGUUGAUCAGUAAAAAGACAGGCUAAUUAAUGAAUCUAAAUAGCAAAAGAAUUAACUUAUUUAAUAAUCUCAAGACACUUUAAGUUUUAAAAACAUUUAGGCUUCAUCUUCCCACUAGGUAGUAGAGGAAAGGAAAAUUAAAUUAAAAUUAAAACCUAGAAACUAGUAAACGAAAUAGCAUAUGAUUAAUAAAAACAAAAAUCAUUUGAUAAUGAUAAAUACAAUGAAUACUAAAGAGUUGAAAGUAAUACUAGAGUACUUAGCUGAUAAAUAAUGCGAAUUGCCAAUAAACAAGGUUCUACUUAGAACAAGCAGCAGAAAGUUUACUGUUGAGCAAUAAAAUCUUAAGAUAUAGGAACUUAUUAAAAACGAAAAGCCUAUAGAGUAGAAGGAGAGUGAGCCUGCUGUGUAUUAAAUCAUGUAUGAUAUCAUAGAUAAUACCAAAGGGAAAAAUGUAGGGUAAAAGCGUUUUUUUAAAGAAAAUCAAAUUAGUUUGAUCAAUACGAAGUAGGAUGGCAAAAGAGGAUUUUAGGAUUUGAGCAAAAUGAGUGCUUUAUCAGAUGAUGAAGAUGAGGACCUUAAUGAUGAAGAUUUAAUCUCUAUGUUCACAGAAGUAUUCUCAAUAAUUCUUCUCAAUAAAAGAAAAAAAUUUUUGAAGCUAAAGCAUUUAGACAAAGAUGCAAGACUACCUCAUCCAAGCAGUUUAUUGUCUAAAAGUAAGAAAAACAACAGUGAAUAUGAAUCAAGAUCCAAACGAAGAGAGGUCAAGCAAUAAAUGAAGUCUGAAAAUGAAAAGGCAUUCCAGACUAAAGACAAUAGGUUAUCAGAGUAAAUAUCAUUUGGUAUGAAUAGCUCUAAGGGAGGAUACAACUUACCAUUCACGCAAGAAAAGCAAGUUAAUAAUCCUGAAGACUCCUAAUUUGAAUUAUUUGAAACUAAUCCCUACUUUCAUCAGUUAAUGAAACAAAGGAAUAUAAACUAGUAGUAAAAUCAAGCAGAUAUCUCAACUUUGCUAGUUAAAGUCACUGGCAAGCUUUUGAAUCUAAGUUUCAAUGAAAUUCAGAUUCCCGCCCCUGAACCUCAAGCCUCAGGAAAAGAGAAAGAACCCAAAACCAAUGCAGGAGAUAAACUAAGAGCAAAGUCUUAGACUGGCAAAUUCCCAAUUCUAGAGACUCCUGAGGGCUUUACCAUCUUUGAAGGCUUGACUAUUGCUAAGUAUUUAGCAAGACAAAGACCAUCAUUCUAUGGUGAUAGCAAUUUGUAAACUGCCUUAAUCGACUAAUGGGUAGAUUAUGUAAGCUCAUCAAUAGCACCAUAAUCUCAGUAAAUUCAAAAUUAAGUAUUCGGCUUGGUCGAUGCUGAUCCAAAGUCAUUCAGCUUAGAAUUAAACUCUUUCAAAAAGAACUUGCAAGUAUUUGAAAGUCAUCUUAAGCUGAGAAAUUUCUUAGUUGGCUAUCAGAUGACUCUAGCUGAUGUUGCCUUAGUUGCAAAUCUUAUUGUGCCACUCCAAACGGUUCUUGACGCAACCUUCAGAAAAGAGAGUAUUCCAAAUCUUAGUAGAUAUUGCUCAAUCAUUCUUGAGAAUCCUACUUUUGUGUCAGUCUUUGGUAGAGUUCACUUUAGCAAGAAGCCAAUAAACCCAAAGUUCGAUUUCUCCAAACAAUAAGAAAAGAAACCUCAACCAUAAAAGCAAGAGAAACCAAAAGAAGAGAAGCCAAAAAUUGAGGCUAAGGAUGAGAAAAAGGAGAAAGAACCAUCAUGGGAGGAUAAACUUCCUCAAUCCACUUUCGAUCUUUUCAAUUACAAGACUUUGAUUGUCAAUGCUGAGGACAAGAGAGAAGCUCUUUAAUAAUUAUGGUCCUAAUGGGAUGACAAUGCUUUUUCAAUCUGGUUUAUACACUAUCAAAAAUACGAUGGAGAGGGUGUAUAGCUUCAUGUUACAAACAAUCUUAUGAACGGUUUCAUGCAAAGAAUCGAUGAUAAGUUGCGUAAGCAUGCUUUAGGUGUGAUUGGUGUUUACGGAGAGGAGCCAUCACUAGAAAUUAUGGGAGUCUUAAUGUGGAGAGGCACUGGUAUCCCACUUCCAAUGGAGGAACACCCACAAUUCGAAUAUUACAACAAGAGAAGAUUAGAUAUUCAAGGUAGCGAUGCUGAUAAGAAGCUUGUUGAAUCUUUCUGGGUUAGCAAAGAAGAGGGAACUUUAGAGGUAGAUGGAAAGCAGCUCAAGGUUCAAACUAAGAAGCUCUACAAAUGA